AUGACGCAGGGUAUUUGGGAAACACGCCGCCUGUGCUGGGAGGGAUGGGGUUGUACGGCUUGGGACGGGAUGAAGUGGUUGGUGAGAAAGAGUUGUGCCAUGGACUCUGAGGCUGCGGAGCACGGAAAAGGACUACAGCAGAUUCGUAGAGAGGAGUGGUUUGUGAGCACUUUGGACGAAGGAGGCAAACCGUCUCGGUGA